CUCGCGUUGCCGUAAAACAGAACAUUGCUUCCACCAGAGGUUGGCACCACGAUUCAGUCUUUGAUCUAUUCAAACUCGUUCAUCGAUUUCAGACCUCAAAAGACAGCUUUAUCAGAUCCGAAGUUGCCUGAAUUCUGCUUUUGAGGUUCCUUCGAGAUGAAUGACCUUAAGAAGAUAGGGCUAGGCUUGACUGGAUUUGGUGUCUUCUUUACAUUACUGGGAGUUAUAUUCGUGUUUGACAAGGGACUCAUCGCCAUGGGAAAUAUCCUCUUCCUAGCCGGUGUCACUCUAACCAUUGGGAUUCAACCAGCCAUCCAAUUCUUCACAAAACGGCGCAACUUUAAGGGAACAAUAUCAUUUGGUUUGGGUUUCUUGUUGGUUGUGCUUGGAUGGCCUAUUAUCGGUUUACUUCUAGAAUCUUAUGGAUUCCUUGUGCUCUUCAGUGGUUUUUGGCCUACACUCGCUGUCUUCCUUCAAAGGAUACCUAUACUGGGGUGGCUUUUGCAGCAUCCAUACAUCAGAUCGUUACUGGAUCGUUACCGUGGAAGGCGUGUUCCUGUCUAAUCCUCUUUGCACACAAGUACAUACCAUGUAACGACUGUCUAUACGCGUGUGAGAAGGUACGACUUGGUGAUAUAGAAUCUUCGUUGUUUGAUAUGUCGAGAUAAGCAUUUGGUUGUUAAACCUAGUUUCUUCUUCGACCACCUCAAAACGAGAUGAAUCAAGGGUUUCAUUUGUAUUCACUUCUUCUUCGUUACCUUCUACUUGAUUUAUGUUUUCCUCGUUAUAUAUAUCAAACGAGAAGAAAUCAUCAAUGUUUAUGUUGUCAUUAGUAUUAUC